CGGCGGCAGCAGCAGCAAAGAGCGAGGAAGAGGCGACUACUAUUAGGAUUGGCCCGUGGCCGCUGGCGAGGAGAGAGAAGCGGCGUCGGCGUCCCUGGCCCUCUUGCCGUUCCCACCGGCGGGCUGCGGGGUGAUGGUGGCCGGCGGGCCAUGCUGCUGAAGCUCCUGCAGAGACAGACCUAUACCUGCCUGUCGCACCGGUAUGGGCCCUGCCUUUGCCUUGGGGGCCUCGUCCUCAUGAUCGUCUCCGCCCUGCAGUUCGGAGAGGUUGUUCUAGAGUGGAGCCGGGAUCAGUACCAUGUUUUGUUUGAUUCUUACAGAGACAACGUUGCUGGGAAAUCUUUUCAGAACAGACUUUGUUUACCCAUGCCCAUUGAUGUGGUUUACACCUGGGUGAAUGGCACAGAUGUUGAGCUGAUCAGAGAACUGCAGCAGGUGAGGAAACAGAUGGAGGAAGAACAGAGGAUAAUAAGGGAAAUGCUUGGAAAGAACACUACGGAACCAACUAAGAAAAGUGAGAAACAACUGGAGUGUUUACUGACACAUUGUAUCAAAGUGCCAAUGCUUGUCUUGGACCCAGGGCUGCCAAACAACAUAACUCUCAAGGACCUCCCAUUGAUCCAUCCUUCACUGCGGUCUGCCAACAACCUCUUCUCAGUCGCAAAGCCAAAAAAUCCUUCUACCAAUGUCACUGUUAUUGUUUUUUACAAUUCUAAAGAAGCUGAAGAUGCCAAUUCUGAAAUGCUGAAAGAGAGCAGCAGGCAAGCUGUAUGGAGGGGCUAUUUGACUACAGACAAAGAAGUUCCUGGGUUAGUGAUAAUGCAAGACUUGGUUUUCCUUAAAGGUUUUCCACUUACAUUCAAAGAAACAAAUCAACUAAGAACAAAAUUGCCAGAAAACCUUGCUUCCAAGAUAAAACAGUUGCAGCUUUAUUCAGAAGCCGGUGUAGCUCUCUUGCAAUUGAAUAAUCCAAAGGGCUUCCAAGAACUGAAUCAGCAAGCUAAGAAGAACAUGACUAUAGAAGGGAAAGAACUGACUCUUAGUCCUGCUUAUUUAUUAUGGGAUCUCAGUGCUAUCAGCCAGUCCAAACAGGAUGAAGAUAUUUCUGCCAGCAGGUUUGAAGAUAAUGAGGAGCUACGAUAUUCAUUGCGAUCAAUAGAGAGGCAUGCGCCAUGGGUGCGACACAUCUUCAUAGUCACAAAUGGGCAGAUUCCUUCCUGGCUUAAUUUGGAUAACCCUCGGAUAACUAUAGUAACACAUCAGGAUAUAUUUCAGAAUUUGAGUCACCUGCCCACCUUUAGCUCCCCUGCCAUUGAAAGCCAUAUUCAUCGCAUUGCAGGUCUGUCCCAGAAGUUCAUUUAUUUAAAUGAUGAUGUGAUGUUUGGGAAGGACGUGUGGCCUGAUGAUUUCUAUAGCCACUCCAAAGGUCAAAAGGUUUAUUUGACAUGGCCUGUGCCAAACUGUGCUGAAGGAUGUCCUGGUUCAUGGAUUAAAGAUGGUUACUGUGAUAAAGCUUGUAACAAUUCUGCUUGUGACUGGGAUGGCGGGGACUGCAUUGGUAACACUGCAGGUAGCCGUUAUGGUGCUGCUGGUGGAGCUGGUGUAGGAGUCGGGAAUGUUCCACCCUGGCAGUUUGGUGCUGGUAUAAGUGGAGUUUCUUACUGCAACCAAGGCUGUGCAAAUUCAUGGCUGGCUGAUAAAUUUUGUGAUCAGGCAUGUAAUGUCCUUUCUUGUGGAUUCGAUGCUGGUGACUGUGGACAAGAGCAUUUCAAUGAGCUUUACAAAGUGACACUUCAAAAGAACCAGACUCACUAUGUCAUUCCGAAAGGUGAAUAUCUGCCUUAUUUCAGCUUUGCUGAAAUAGCUAAGAAAGGACUUGAAGGUGCAUAUAGCGAUAACCCAAUAAUACGCCAUGCUUCCAUUGCAAACAAAUGGAAGACGAUCCACCUGAUAAUGCACAAUGGAAUGAAUACAACUGUGAUUUUUUUCAACCUUACAUUUCAAAGUAAAGAUGAUGAAGAGUUUAAGAUGCAAAUAACCCUUGAGGUUGAUACAAGAGAGGAGCCAAAAACAAAUGCAACUUCCACCCAGAAACCAGAGGAAGAUGUGAAAGCUACAACUUCAGUGCCAGAGGCCGAAAUGAUAUUCGAGGAUGUUCCGGAAGAAGAUCGUUUUCCAAGAAUUAAAAAACACCCAAAUGGCACGACUGAGAACUUGGAUGAAGACAUAGUGAUUCCGUCAGUAAACAUCUCUUCCCUUCCAGAAGAUGUGAAGCUAGCUUUGCAAGACCUAGAUUUGCAGCUAAUAAUAGGUGACAUCACUCAGAAGGGGUACAAUCUAUCUAAGGCUGCUCUUCUAAAGCCUUUCCAAGGGUUCCCUGCAUCAGCAAAGGCAGUAGAAAACAGUUCCCAGAAGAAAAAAGAAAAGGAUGUGCAUAAUGGCUUGAUAAACGGGACAGUGUCUUUGAACUGGCAGAAGCCUUUCAAAAAUGAUAAUGAUGGCAAAGCUGCAGCUGAAGAAAAAUUACACAAAAUAUUUCCAUUGGAACCUAUUGCUGUAGGUAGUACUCUUGUGCCAAUGAAUGUGAACAGUAAUUUCCCGCUGAGACCUGGCUCUUUAGUAAAAUCUGAAUUUGCACCUGCAAUACAAGAUGUAGGCAGCAAGCCUGAAUCUUUGGAGAAAGCCUUCAUGAAGAAGGAAACCUUGAAAUCCAAAGAAAUUAGGGAAAAGAAAACUUCAGGAAAAAAGGAAAAAGAAGCCAAUGUCAAUCCAGUACUUUCCAAAGAAGAUAUUGCAGAAGGUCGAGCCUUACCAAGAAGGAAAUUGCAGCAUUACACAGGAAAUUAUCAAGGUUUUUUGCCAUGGGAGAAGCACAAAUAUUUCCAAGACCUUCUUGAUGAAGAAGAGGCAUUAAGGAAAGAGAUGGCUUACUUUACAGAUAGUAAACAGAUUGGAAGGCAACUGAAAGAUACAUUUGCUGAUUCUCUCAGAUAUGUGAAUAAACUGCUGAACAGCAAAUUUGGAUUUACAUCUCGGAAAGUACCUGCUCAUAUGCCUCACAUGAUUGAUCGAAAAGUCAUGCAAGAAUUACAGGAUCUAUUUCCUGAGGAAUUUGACAAGACUUCUUUUCAUAAAGUACGGCACUCUGAAGAUAUGCAGUUUGCUUUUUCAUAUUUCUAUUAUCUCAUGAGUGCAGUUCAGCCGCUGAACAUCUCCCAGGUUUUUGAUGAAGUUGAUACAGAUCAGUCUGGAAUUCUUUCUGAUCGCGAGAUUCGUACAUUGGCCACAAGAAUCCAUGAACUUCCUCUAAGUUUGCAGGAUUUGACAGGUCUGGAACAAAUGUUAAUAAAUUGUUCUAAAUCCCUACCACUCAAUAUUACUCAGAUUAAUAUUAUACCACCAACUCAGGAAGCAUAUUAUGAUCCCAAUCUGCCUCCAGUGACUAAAAAUCUGCUAACCAAUUGUAAGCUUGUGACUGAUCGAAUUCGCAAAGCAUAUAAGGACAAAAACAAAUACAGAUUUGAAAUUAUGGGAGAGGAAGAAGUUGCUUUCAAAAUGAUCCGUACCAAUGUUUCUCAUGUUGUUGGACAACUUGAUGACAUACGGAAAAAUCCCAGAAAAUUUGUUUGCCUUAAUGACAACAUUGACCACAAUCACAAGGAUGCACAGACAGUAAAGGCAGUGCUUAGGGAUUUUUAUGAAUCAGUGUUUCCCAUCCCAUCUCAAUUUGAACUGCCAAGAGAGUAUCGAAACCGGUUUCUUCAUACACAGGAGCUUCAGGAAUGGAGAGCCUACAGAGACAAACUGAAAUUUUGGACACAUUGUGUGCUAGUGACAUUGAUUGUCUUCACCAUCACUUCAUUUUUUGCUGAGCAGUUAAUAGCCCUCAAACGGAAAAUUUUUCCAAGAAGAAGAAUCCAAAAAGAAGUCUGCCAUGAACGAAUGAAGGUUUAGAAGAAUUUGGGUUUUGUACAUUAGUCUACCUCAACAUGUGAUGAGCAUGUACAUUUUUUAUUUCAGAAAUGUCUUGAUAUGUUCUGUCCUGGACAUGAACAGAAGUGCUCCCAUUACAUCUUUUGUAACUCUGUAUGAAUCAUGCUACUGAGCUUAGAGAGGAGAGUGAGGAAAAGAUGUAGCUCGCAAGAAUUAUCUCCUGAUUGCAUUAUCCUUUUUAUAAAAAGGGUUGCUGAAUGAAACUUAGCUGCAUUUGUUGCAGUAGUGUUGUCCAUUAAAUCUAAUUUUGAAAAGUUACAUUUCUAUUAUGCAUUUGUCUGAGCUUGCAUCCCAAGUUGUUUGGUGGGUUACUUCCUAUUCAUUGAAUAGCUAUUCAGUGAAUAGCUUACUCCUUGUAUCCUACUCUUUGAACAAUAAAGCAUAUGUAUUUGAACUGCAAUCUUGCACCCUCAAAACGUGGAUGUGGACCAGCCUUCAUAGCCAUACACUGUAACUCUUCUGGCUCUUCUUUUCACCGUUGCUUGUGAUAUGUUAACUGCUUCACAAUGUUUCCCCCCUUGCAGUAUGUCAAUUUGUAUCUGUAGGAAUUUGGGGAAUGAGGGAGGGGUAGACAGCUGGAUAAAAGAGAAUGAAUUUCUGGAAGAUUCCUAUAACAUUACAUUUGUCGCAAAUUGCCUUGCAGCACGGGAACACAACUGGAAUAAUAGUGUGAUGGGAUGGGUCAUGAUCUAGAGGUACUACUGUCUAUAUUGCUCUUUAGGCGCAUAGGGGCAAGAUUAUAGGAUUUUUUCCCCAUUUAGACCAUAUAGGCUUUGCAAGCAUGUAUGGACAACUAGAACCCCCCAGAUAUUUUGGCUUGCAACUUCCAUCAGCCCUAACCAGCAUAGCCAGUGGUGAGGGAUAGGAAUUCAGAUUAGGAAAAUUUGUUAUGACUAGUGUUGUCUGUCCCUCUGGUGAAAUAUUUGUAAUUUGAACAUAGUGUGGAUUUGACUUUGGCAUGUUUUCUGGAUAAGGGAUGGAUGGAACUGAUAAUGUGUUAUUGCUGUAUUUUUCUGUUAAUAGAUAAGGAAAGUAAGUUUUUAAAAAAUGAGUCCAACUUUUAUGCCAAUGUAAUGCCUUUUGUUGCUGAAAAUGUUAAUUGCAGCCUAAUCACUGUAAGUCUAAUUUAAAAUAUCAGACUAUAAUCAAGUAAAAGGGGCUUGGAUGUAACUUAUUUGUACAAGUGUUGUAUAUUUCACAGCAGAAGUGCCUCACUAAAUAAGUUGUCAGUAUAUUGUAUUGUUUUAAAUGUAUCAGUAUAUUAGCAUGCUAUAUAGAGUAAUUUCUUAUAUCAUGCAUUAAUUUUUUAAAAAUCAAUACAUGAUCUCUCCUGAUUUACUAAGAUGUAUCCCAAACCAGGGAAAGGGGGGGAGGAUACUGUAUGUUGAUUCUUCUUCUUUUUAAAUAAACAUCUUCAAUCAUGAUAUUAGCAAACUGAACAGACUCAAAGCACAUACACAUAAAUAAUUACUUUAUAAUGAAGUUAUGGGAUUUUCAGUGUAAUUGUAUUGGAAAAUUUAUGCUUUUAAUAGAUAAUGUUAUUGAUUUCAGAAUGUUACACUGUGAAUGUGUUGGAGAAGGAAAAAAUGCCAGCUCUUUAAUGUUCUGAAAAGUGUAAAAUAUUUUGAAAUAGAAAGAGCACCUUAUUCUUUAUCCAGUACACAUAACUAAUUUUAAAUGAAAUAAAUCCAGUUUGACCUCUUUAACAUA